UCAAUACACAGGUAAACUCGAGCCAAGUCCCAGGGUACAGAAUUAAUCCCCACACAUUCCGAGUCCCCCAACUGCGGAAGACAUUCCUCGACCCACGGCCCACCACAAACCAGUACGUAGGCCGAUUUCGCCCCGAAAUCGAAUCCAUCCGGGACCUGGAACAUUCUUUUCCAAUCCGUUCCCGUUCGCAGGGACGGGUCAGUUUCUCCGACACCAGCCAGGAUGACUUGGCACUCGCGCCUUCCACCGGACAAAUUCAAACUAGCUCCCUAAACCUAUGACGAUGCCAAAUGUCCCUAGAGACGGGUUACAUCAUGAAAACAAGGAUCAAGCCCUCUCAGGUUUCAACACUUGAAAAAAAGCGUCGCGAUCGACAACCCGGAAAUUUGACUUCAGCCAACCACAGCAGACGUAGAAUCGCCGGGAUAUUCCCGCCCCCUGUCGCGUUUCCACUCCGUCGCAUGAAUUACCUCACUGGUCGUUCCAACUUCAAAGUUCAAACUGAAUGGUUCAGUUGCCUCGCGCACUGCAACUGCGCGCAACGUCUAAGAAGUGGGAAAGUUGAGCGUAACACGGUUCUAUCCAAACAUUUAAUUUUAUCUAGGCCCAGUAAGUUACAAGAGGGGAGAGUCACCAUUACUAUUAAUGGCAACAGAGACGAAAUUUCCCAUACUCUAAAUUCUGGAGAGAGAACCCAGAAACCCUCUCGCUAUUAUCGAGGGUAUGUUGCUAUGCCUCGUGAUUAUGGAGUAGUUCAAACUUCAACGUGGAGAUUCGUCGGAGAAACGCAAGAGACCAAUUGUAAUAUCUAUCCACACUACCAUUGGCUCCAUGAUUCUAUUUCAUGUUUGACUGGAACAAAAAAAGAUGUACAGGGUAUAAUAGAUUCAGUGAAUCAUCAUUGUUUCCAACGCCUCCUACGUAAUUGAGUAACUCGUACACCUAUGUCAUGUCAUAUACAAAAACCAAACCCCAUACAUACUCCUU